GUUUACCUUCUGAGGAGUUAAAGUCCGUUUUAUUUACCUUGGGCUUUUGAGCAUCAAAAGGGGCAUGUUGGUGUGUGGUGUGUCCCUCUGGCCGCUCCCCGGGUGUGCGAGGGCUGUGAUGUGCAGAGCACCUCACCUUGCCUCUUGCACCAGCAUUGAAACGUCCCUAAAACAUUUGGGAACUGGAGCAUCCUUGGGCCAUUCCUGGUCCUGCCGCUGCUGGUGGGGAGGGCAUGGCUUGCGCUGCUGCAGUGGGGCCAGCCCCAGUGUGCGUCUGUGCUUGCUGCGUGUGGUCUGAAACCUGUGCCCUGUAGCCUUGGGUCUGUCUUCCUCCACAGCUGAGAUUUGUGGUUGACCAUGAACGCCAGCGGCCCUGGCUACCCCUUAGCCUCCCUCUACGUGGGAGACCUCCACCCUGACGUGACCGAAGCCAUGCUCUAUGAGAAAUUCUCGCCUGCUGGGCCCAUCAUGUCCAUCCGGGUCUGCCGGGACAUCGCCACGCGCCGGUCGCUGGGCUAUGCCUACAUCAACUUCCAGCAGCCCGUGGAUGCUGAGCGAGCCCUGGACACCAUGAAUUUUGAGGUGAUCAAAGGCCGUCCCAUCCGCAUCAUGUGGUCCCAGCGGGACCCUGGGCUCAGGAAGUCAGGGGUUGGAAAUGUCUUCAUCAAGAACCUGGAUGACUCCAUUGAUAACAAAGCCCUGUAUGACACAUUCUCGGCCUUUGGAAACAUCCUGUCAUGCAAGGUGGUUUGUGAUGAAAACGGAUCCCGUGGCUAUGGCUUCGUUCACUUUGAGACUCACGAGGCAGCAACUCGGGCCAUUGAGACCAUGAAUGGGAUGCUGCUCAAUGACCGAAAGGUGUUUGUUGGCCAAUUCAAAUCCCGCAAAGAGCGUGAGACAGAGUUUGGGGCUAGGGCGAUAGAGUUCACCAACGUCUACAUCAAAAACUUCGGUGAUGACAUGGAUGACGACAGACUGCGGGAAAUAUUCUCCAAGUUUGGAAAGACACUAAGUGUCAAAGUCAUGAUGGACAACACCGGCCGUUCGAAGGGCUUUGGAUUUGUCAACUUUGAGAAGCACGAAGAAGCCCAGAAGGCGGUGGCCGACAUGAACGGGAAGGAGAUCAAUGGGCGGAUGGUGUACGUGGGCCGAGCCCAGAAGCGGCUGGAGCGCCAGAGCGAGCUGAAGCGGAAAUUUGAGCAAAUCAAGCAGGAGCGAGUGAGCCGGUACCAGGGGGUCAACCUGUACGUGAAGAACCUGGAUGAUGGGAUAGAUGACGAGAGGCUGAGGAAGGAGUUCUCUCCCUAUGGCACCAUCACCAGCGCCAAGGUGAUGACAGAGGGUGGCCACAGCAAAGGGUUUGGGUUUGUAUGUUUUUCCUCCCCAGAAGAGGCUACCAAGGCCGUGACAGAAAUGAACGGGCGGAUCGUCAGCACUAAGCCUCUCUACGUUGCGCUCGCUCAAAGGAAAGAGGAGCGGAAAGCAAUCCUCACCAACCAGUACAUGCAGAGAUUAGCCACCAUGAGGGCCCUGCCUGGCCCUCUCCUGGGCUCCUUCCAGCCCCCCCCGGGGUACUUCAUCCCCCCCAUCCCCCAGCCACAAACCAGAGCUACCUUCUACAGCCCCAGCCCAGUUGUCCCAGUCCGUCCUGCCACUCGCUGGAGUGCGCAGCCCUCCCGGCCUCCCUCGUAUCCUGCAGCUACCCCCAUCCUGAGGGCUGCUGUGCCGCCCCGGCGCCUGCUGUCCAACAUCAGCACCAUGAGACAGGCUGCCACCCAGGUGCCCCGUGUGCCCCCCCAGGCCCAGAGAGUGGCCAACAUCGGGACGCAGACGGUCAGCACUCGGGUGUCCUCCUCGCCCACCCUGCUGCGGGGCACCCCGCAGUACAAGUACUCCUCGGCCGUCAGGAACGUCCAGCCGAUGGGGCACAUGCCGUCCGUGGUGGCGCCACAGGUGGGAGAACCUGCUGUGCAUGUCCAGGGGCAGGAGCCGCUGACAGCAUCCGUGCUUGCAGCAGCCCCUCCGCAGGAGCAGAAGCAAAUGAUAGGUGAGCGCCUCUACCCUCUGAUCCACGCCACGCAUCCCUCGCUGGCUGGCAAGAUCACUGGGAUGCUGCUGGAGAUGGACAACUCUGAGCUGCUGCUGCUCCUGGAGUCUCCCGACUCCCUGAGCUCCAAGAUGGAGGAAGCGGUGGCUGUUCUCCAGGCGCACCAGGCUUCGGAGACGUUGCACAAGAGCAGUGCCACGGCGUUCCUGCAGUGACCGCAGACUUCAGGACUGAGAGUGAGCCCUGAGAACGUUGCCUUGGGAGAACAGCAGCAGCAGCCUCACCGUGCUUUUGGAAUUGUGCCUGAACAGUGACCCUGGCUUGUCUUCAGUGCCCCAUCCUAUUUUUUGUUUAUUGUAAACCUUGCAGGAUUGCUUCCUCCUCCAUCUGUUAAAAAAAAAAAAAAAAAAAAUCCCAUGUUAAUUCUCUUCUCGCUCCUGAAAGCAUCUUGUAAAGUGUAGUGUGGAACCCAGCCCAAUUCAGUUGCCCAGGAAAUGACAACUAAAAAUGAAUCGCCAUUUUUAGUGAAUUUAUUGGGUUCUGUAGUUUUAUUUGUUCCUGUAGCUGAUGCUAAUAAAGAACCGAUGCUUCCACCCCCAAAGCAUGGGUUAGUUCCCUUUGCAGAAAGACAGCAAAUACUUUUUUGCUGAUUCACACAGGUGGAGCGAUGGACUUAGGUCAGGCUGCUGUAAUUAGUGUUUGAAGCUUGUGAUGCUGGUGGGGCGGCAGUCCUGAGAGCUCAGAAGCAGGGACAUACAGGAUUAAAUGAACAAAUUGCCAACCAACAGGCUCUCAUGAUUCCUUCUUUCUUUCUGACUCUCUAGAAGGAUGGCUUUAAGCAGAUUUCGUGCCAUCAACCUGGAUUUUAUCCUUUCUCGCUGUUUUUAACUUCCCUCCAAAGGGCAUCAUCUUCUUGUGGUUUUCCUUUUGUAAUGGACCUUGCAUGCCUGCAGGAGUACUGCCACCGGGUGUCUUCUGCCAGUCACCACACCGUGUGGGUAUGUGUCUGUGGGGCACAAGACCCAGCUUUUGAGGUAUUGUAGAGCAACCUGUAAAUCAAAAGCUGCUUCUCCAAUGUGUGUGCCUGACCAGUAGUUUCAAGGAGUCGCUGAAAACAUUCAUAACCACAUCGCACCUCACUGGCAUGCUCCUUGCUCGCAGGAGUAGCUGGGACCUGUUCUAGAAUCAGAGUGGUUUGGGUUGGAAGGGACCUUAAGGAUGAUCUAGUUCCACCCCUCUGCUAUGGACAGGGACACCUUCCACCAGACCAGGUUGCUCCAAGCCCCAUCCAGCCUGGCCUUGGACACUGCCAGGGCUGUGGCACCCACAGCUUCAAUGGGCAACCUGUGCCAGUGUCUCACCACCCUCACAGUGAGUAAUUUCUUCCUAAUAUCUAAUCUGUGUUCUGCUCUCCGGACCCCUCCCAGAGUGUGGUGUUAUCAUCCUGGCCUCAAUGCCCUGCUCUUCCUAGUUAGGAAAGGCAUUUCUGUCCCUAGGGGCUCCUUGGUACUUGAGGCUGAUGUACUGACCUUACUUGACUGCUUCCUUGAGCUGACAGGAGCACAUCUCCAUCAGCACCACCUACCUUCUUUCUGUCCAACCUGUGUGCCGGCGUUGCGGUCUCAAUCUUCCUUCUGUGCUGUAUCACAGCCUCGCUUCGGCUCACUGCUGAGUCAUCCCUCCUACCUCUUGUCUUCCUUCCAGCAUUUUAAUAGAAUCACUUAUACAUUUGCUCCUGCAUGGUGUUUGCUCAGCUGGGACUCUUCCCUGGGGCUUUUCAUCGUUGCUUUUUCUUGCCUUUGCUUUGCCAGUUCUUCCUCUGAGCUCCUUAAAUAUUUCUUUUCCUCACAGUGGAUGCCUCAGCCUGAACUGUGCACUGUUUGGGCAUCUCCUGCUC